UGUCGGUUUUGUCGUCGACUAUGAUUGGCUAGGCGCGUUCUAUGGAGUUGGCGCCAUUGCGAGUCGUCGUGCUGUCUUCUGAGCGCUCUCCCUAAAAAUUACUUAUUUUGUCAUUAGUAACGGUAUUAUAACCACGCAAUGGCUGAUAAAGACGCGGCUUUUGAUGACGCUGUGGAGGAAAGGGUGAUCAACGAGGAGUAUAAGAUUUGGAAGAAGAACACCCCUUUCCUCUAUGAUCUGGUCAUGACCCAUGCUCUGGAGUGGCCAAGCCUCACUGCUCAAUGGCUCCCAGAUGUCACCAGACCAGAGGGAAAGGACUACAGUGUGCACAGGCUGGUUCUGGGGACCCAUACUUCUGAUGAGCAGAAUCACCUCGUAAUUGCCAGCGUUCAACUGCCGAAUGAUGAUGCGCAGUUUGAUGCUUCACACUAUGACAGCGAGAAAGGAGAGUUUGGAGGUUUUGGAUCUGUUAGUGGGAAAAUAGAGAUUGAGAUCAAGAUCAACCAUGAAGGAGAAGUGAACAGAGCCCGAUACAUGCCUCAGAAUCCUUGCAUCAUUGCCACCAAGACCCCCACCAGUGAUGUGCUAGUCUUUGAUUACACAAAGCACCCCUCCAAGCCGGACCCUUCUGGAGAAUGCACCCCAGAUCUCCGUCUGAGGGGCCACCAGAAGGAGGGCUAUGGCCUCUCAUGGAACCCAAACCUUAGUGGCUGUCUCCUUAGUGCUUCUGAUGACCACACUAUAUGCCUGUGGGAUAUCAGCACAGUUCCCAAAGAGGGGAAGAUUGUGGAUGCCAAGACUAUCUUCACAGGCCACACUGCUGUGGUGGAGGACGUCUCAUGGCACCUUCUCCACGAAUCGCUCUUUGGAUCUGUGGCAGAUGACCAGAAACUCAUGAUUUGGGACACGCGGUCCAACAACACCUCCAAGCCCAGCCAUGCAGUGGACGCCCACACUGCUGAGGUCAACUGCCUGUCUUUCAAUCCUUACAGCGAGUUCAUUCUUGCCACUGGCUCUGCAGAUAAGACUGUGGCUCUUUGGGACUUGAGGAACCUGAAGCUGAAGCUUCACUCGUUUGAAUCCCACAAGGACGAGAUCUUCCAGGUUCAGUGGUCUCCUCAUAACGAAACCAUCCUGGCCUCCAGCGGCACCGACAGGCGGCUCAACGUCUGGGACCUCAGUAAGAUUGGAGAGGAGCAGUCACCAGAGGAUGCUGAGGAUGGCCCUCCUGAGCUGCUGUUCAUCCACGGAGGACACACAGCUAAGAUCUCAGACUUCUCUUGGAACCCCAACGAGCCGUGGGUCAUCUGUUCAGUAUCAGAGGACAACAUCAUGCAAGUGUGGCAGAUGGCUGAAAAUAUCUACAAUGACGAGGACCCAGAAGGUGCCGCAGAUUCAGAAGUCCAGGCAUGAGUCCGGUCUCCACGUGUCUUCUUCUUUUGACCUGCUCAUUAAAAAUGGAUCCGUUUACCAGCACUGGGUGAAAAAGCAGUCUUUUUAAAAUACAUUUUGAGCAGCAGUGUUUUGUAGAAAAUAAAAGAAUAAAAUGCUGCCAUGUCAUCACGUGACAUGUUUAAGAAAAGGUCUCUAAUGAUCAGGUUUUUAGAUCUUUUUAGUUUUUCGAACUGAAAUCUGACUCGUGAUGAAACCACAGACAUGUUUAUGAUCACCUAAGUGUGCAUUUUGUUGGUUUUAUUUCUUCCAUCUUGGUUAGUUGAGCAGAAACAUUUCUGUGGAAGAUCCAUUUUUAAAUGUUAUUGUACAUACUGUAGGUUGAUCCUUUUAAUUUGCCUGGUAUUUGUAGUAUGAAAUUCCCCCAAAUUGUGUUGUCACUUGUAUGUGUUUUGUUUUUCUCUCUGCAUUUUCUCUGCAUCUGAUCUUUUGUGUACUUAAGUAUAUUCAUAUAAAAAUAUUUACAGUAAAGCUGUUUGCUUUGUUUUCUUGGCACAACAUUUUAGAUGUUAAGUCGGAUGUGAGCGAGUAACAAGACGCUUGCAUUAAGUAGACCGCAUUUUCAAACAUGUAAUGGGGUGGCUGUAGCUC